UAAGAGAAGUAGAGAACUCUUGUACCAUAAAGAGAGCAUCAUAUACAGCAUUCACGAAUUGUGAGCAGAUAAACAUCAAUAGUGUAUACUCUAUAGUCUAUAGUUUGUUUCCAUGGCAAAAACAACUCACAUAGCUAUUGUUUCAAGUCCUGGUUACACCCACCUGGUCCCAAUAAUUGAGUUCAGCAAGCGACUUAUCAAACAUCACCAAAAUUUUCAUGUCACUUGCAUAGUUCCCUCACUUGGGCCACCUCCAGAAUCCUCCAAAGCCUACCUUAAAACUCUUCCUUCAAACAUAGACACCAUCUUACUUCCUCCAAUUAGCAAAGAACAAUUACCCCAAGGAGUACACCCUGCAAUCCUAAUUCAACUCACUAUUACUCUUUCUCUGCCAUCAAUACAUGAAGCUCUUAAAUCCUUGUGCUCCAAAGCACCUUUAACCGCGUUGGUGGUAGAUGUUUUUGCAUUUCAGGCUCUGGAAUAUGCAAAGGAGUUCAAUGCCUUGUCCUACUUUUACUUUCCUAGUUCAGCUAUGAUAUUGUCACUGCUUAUACACGCGCCGAAACUUGAUGAGGAAGUUUCAGGUGAGUACAAGGACUUAACUGAACCUAUAAGGUUACCAGGUUGUGUACCGGUCAUGGGGGUUGAUCUUCCGGAUCCGGCCCAAGAUCGAUCGAGCGAAAUAUACAAUCAUUUUGUUGAACGUGCCAAAGCAAUGGUUACAGCUGAUGGAAUCUUGAUCAACACCUUCUUAGAAAUGGAACCAGGCGCUAUAAGAGCGUUGCAAGAGUUUGAAAAUGGGAAGAUCAGAUUGUACCCAGUUGGACCCAUUACACAAAAAGGAGCAAGCAAUGAGGCUGAUGAGUCUGAUAAGUGUUUAAGAUGGUUGGACAAGCAGCCACCUUGUUCAGUGUUGUAUGUUUCUUUUGGAAGUGGUGGAACACUCUCUCAGAACCAAAUCAAUGAGUUAGCUUCGGGUUUGGAAUUGAGUAGUCAAAGGUUCUUGUGGGUUUUGAGAGCACCAAAUAAUUCAGCUAGUGCUGCUUACCUUGAGGCUUCAAAGGAGGACCCUUUGCAAUUCUUACCAAGCGGGUUUUUGGAAAGGACAAAGGAGAAAGGUUUGGUUGUGGCUUCAUGGGCACCUCAGGUUCAGGUCCUUGGUCACAAUUCAGUUGGGGGGUUUCUAAGCCAUUGUGGUUGGAACUCAACAUUGGAGAGUGUGCAAGAGGGAGUACCUCUAAUAACAUGGCCACUCUUUGCUGAGCAGAGGAUGAAUGCUGUGAUGCUAACCGAUGGACUUAAAGUGGCAUUGAGGCCAAAAUUUAAUGAAGAUGGCAUAGUGGAAAAGGAGGAAAUUGCAAAGGUGAUAAAGUGUCUGAUGGAUGGAGAAGAAGGUAUAGGAAUGCGUGAAAGAAUGGGGAAUUUAAAAGAUUCUGCUGCUAGUGCACUGAAGGAUGGUUCUUCAUCACAGACCCUGUCUCAGUUGGCUAGCCAAUGGGAAUGUUUUAGUGGGAAUUGUUAGGAAAAUAGUUUUAUAUCCUUGGUCUUGGUUUUGGUUUGGAUAUUUCUGUCUAGUUGUGUUGCGUGUGCCUUGUUUUCUUCGUGGGAGUGAAGUGGUAGUUGUGUGAUUUCUGAGAUGUAUUGCAUGUUUGACACAUGACAUAGACAUGUUAGUUGGUUUUCAAGUUGAAUUUCACUUUCGUCAGUGAGCCAUGUUAACUUAUAAUUAUAGGUGUGGUUAAACAAAUCAAUCUGCAACCAGUUCAUUAACUUUUUUACUUA